GGCGGGAAGAAACCGGCCUCGAAGAAGAACGCUUCUGCUUCCAGUGCCAGUGUUGACGAGGACAUUCCCCAGAGCCCCAGUGUCCACGCCGACCCCCCGCCGGCUUAUUCCUCCACCAACUCCUCGCCUUCGCCAACAAAGCGAUCCUCGCGGCCCGUCUCUCACCACAAGGACGCAAAACCGCCGUCCUCGAGGUCUUCUCGCCUGUCGCGACACUCGACCGACGCAGGCUUCUCGUCGUCGCGCCGCAGCAGCAAAUACGACCCGGACACGCAUCCAUUGAACCUGCCCCCUGAGGAGCGAGAGCGGAAGCGUCUUUCUGCCAUGUCAGCCAAGAUGGACAUCGACCCGCAGCCCGUUAACGGCGCGGCAUCACCACAGCCUCCCAAGCCUUCUUCGAAUCCCUCUGCCCAGAAGAACUUUGCUGUGCCCAUUCCCAACGGGAACAUGAGCAACGACGAGGCUCCAGCGCCGCCGCCGCACAAGUCCAACCCGUCCAGCCCCAUCCCCACGCCUCUUGAGGAUGCAGAGUCAUACAAGACCAACGGAAACCGCUUCUUCAAGGAGAAGAACUAUCCCAAGGCCAUCGAGCAGUAUAGCAAAGCUGUGGAUCUGUUCCCCAACUCGGCAACUUAUCUGGGCAACCGAGCGGCUGCCUACAUGUCAAAUGGCCAGUUUGAAGCUGCUUUGGAUGAUUGCAGCCGUGCCACAGACCUCGACCCCAACAACGCAAAGGUCCUGCUGCGCCUAGCAAGGAUCUACACCGGUCUGGGUAGGCCAGAGGAAGCCCUGGCCACUUUCUCCCGCAUUAUCCCACAGCCAUCUGCUAAGGACAUGGCCCCCGCUCGGGAGAUGCUGCACCACAUCAAGUCGGCCAAGGACACUCUCCAGCGAGGCUCGGCCAUGUCUAUGGUGCUACAUGCCCUGGAUCAGGCCGAGCGCGGUCUUGGCCACGGCGUUGGCAAGCCCCGUAAGUGGCAGUUGAUGCGAGGCGAGGCAUACUUGAAGAUGGGCCGCGAGAACUCUCUAGGAGAGGCCCAGAGCGUUGCCAUGUCGCUCCUGCGCAACAACAACCAGGACCCUGAGGCUCUGGUUCUCCGUGGUCGCGUUCUCUACGGUCAGGGCGAGAAUGAAAAGGCUAUUCAGUACUUCCGAAUGGCUUGCAACUGUGACCCCGACUUCCGAGACGCUGUCAAGUGGCUUAGGAUUGUUCAGAAGCUUGACCGCAUGAAGGAAGAGGGCAACACCGAGUUCAAGGCCGGUCGAUGGCAAGCAGCCAUCCAAAAGUACAGCGACGCCUUGGACAUUGACCCUUCAAACAAGAGCAUGAAUGCCAAGCUGCUACAGAACCGUGCUCAGUGCAAGAUUAAGCUGCAGCUGUACGAUGAGGCCAUUGCCGACUCAGACCGCGCUGUCAGCCUUGACCCCAGCUACACCAAGGCACGCAAGACAAAGGCCAAUGCCCUUGGAAAGACCGGUAAUUGGGAAGAGUCCAUUCGCGAAUGGAAGGCUAUUCAAGAGCUCGACCCGAGCGACAACUCAGUCCGCCACGAAAUCCGCAAAGCUGAGCUGGAGAUGAAGAAGAGCCUGCGGAAAGACUACUACAAGAUCAUGGGCCUUGAAAAGGAUGCUGAUGCCAAUGACAUCAAGCGAGCGUACCGCAAGUUGGCUGUCAAGCUGCACCCUGACAAGAACCCUGGUGAUGCUGAAGCCGAAGCCAAGUUCAAAGACAUGCAGGAAGCUUACGAGACACUGAGCGAUCCUCAAAAGCGAGCACGCUAUGACAAUGGCGACGACCUCAUUGACCCAGCUGACAUGUUCAGUGCUGGCGGCAUGGGUGGCGGCAUGGGUGGCAUCGACCCCGAGAUUCUCUUCAGCAUGAUGGGCAACCAGGGCGGAUUUGGAGGAGGCGGAUUCCGCGCCGGUGGAUUCCCCGGAGGUGCCGGUGGCUUCCCAGGCGGUGCUGGAGGCUUUCCCGGAGGC